CUCAUACUUUGGUGUACAUUAUUUUGAACAAUGAAUUCAUAAUCCAGUAAAAUCAAAGAAUAUGCUCGCAACAAAUUCAAAGAAGAUGACAGGCAUCGGAGAGUUUGGUGUAAAAUUAAGGCUAGAUCCUAUUCCCCAUGUGGGUGUUUCACAACUGUUCAUGCUUCUGUUUUCUUCCCCGAGAGAGAGAGAGAAAUCUGGGAAUAAGCUAAUUAAGGCAUCGAAGCCACUACUAGAAAUCUGGGAAAGAAGAAUCAUUCAUGCCUGGUUUGAUUUUCUCCGAAAACUGAAACUUUUUUGCGGUUUUCAGACAAAAAUGAAGACGCACGUGCGACUCCACACGAUUGGCAUUGGGAGUUACAGUCGGACUCUGAGAGGAGAAGCCCCCGGCGGCGGUGAAGAAGGAGGUUGAGGUGGAGGAAGGACGAGGACAGAAUGGUCCAGGAAAUGGGCUUUGAUGCCUCUGAAAUACAUGAUGAUUCCCAGGGUUUGGAUUUCAGGGAUUUCAAGGCUGUCCAUACUGCUCGUCUAAAUUUCGGGAAGGACCGGUUUGAUAUUUUCAGGUCCUUGUCGAGACAGGAUAUUCAAAUUUUGGUGGGUUUGUAUGGAUGCCCGAGUACGGACAAGAAGGUGGUUUUCUCUUCAAAGCUGUUAAGGGAGCACACCCACCUUGAUGAAGGAGAUGUUUGAAGUUCCUGCAGUUUAAGGAAUUCCUGUGAAAGAGCAUAUCUGAUUACUAACAAAGAGGAUGAGGCGCGGACCAUUGAUAUAAUGCGUGUUUUAUUGACUUAUGGCUUUGAUCCUAUAAAUGGAUCAGUACAAAACAAGUCACUUCUGAAACAAAAAUCCAUUAAAAAUGUAGUCCGUAAGUUGCUUCAUCAGGUUGUCAAGCUGAGUUCAGUUCCAAUAGAUCCUAGCAGUCUAUCUCCUCCGGUGAUCAAAAAGCCACCCCCAAAAGUGAAGCAACCUCCUCCCCCUCCAAGAAAACGAAAAAAGGGGACUGGCUAUGCUCUAAGGAAUUUAAUUGGGCAUUUUUACUUCUUCUAUUGGUUUAGCAGAAUUGUUGGAGUGCACUUAAUGGCUUUAAAGUGCAACUUUAUAAAUUACAGGAGAAAUAUGGCAUGUUUUCAUUGUGAUUGCAAGCGCCCACCUGACGAAUAUAUUGAGAACAACAUGCAAGAAAAACAACGUGGCCCUAGGACUAGGAUGGACAAGACUGCGAUUCGACCCGAGGCCUCUAAUGCCUAGAAUUUUUAUUUUGAUGACAAUGAGUCGGAUGUUGCUGCUUUUGAAUAUGAAGAUCCAGUAAUGAGUGAACGGUCUCUUGACAGCCAGGCUCAAGGGGAAAAUUUUCGACGUCCUGAAUACAAUUUCAGUAAAAAUAGGAGAGCGUCAAGGGUUGACGAUGAAGACUAUUCUGAUGCUGACAUUAUUAAGCCAAGCAGAGGGUUUGAUGAUUUUGAUGAUGAAGAUGAUGAUAUUGACAAUUACGAGUUGGACACUCGUACUAAAGAUAGCACAGAACACUUUUCAAUUGAUUUUUCUGAAUUGGAGGGAUCUGAAUCAGAAAACAGUGAAGGUCCAGACAAUAAUCUGCAUGCUCGCAAAACGAACUCUCCAUCUUACAAUAAGCCAUCUAAGUCUAUGCAUCGACGGGCAGCAUUAUCUGUCUCAGAUGAUGAUGAAAUUGAUAUAAAUUCUGACGAAGACAUUUCAGUUCUUCCCAACCGGAGAUCAUGUCAUGUUGCUGAUUCUAGAUCAAGAGGUAGGGCUAGAGACUCAACUGGUCCAUCAAAGAGAGUAAGCUUUGUAUCUGAUAAUGAAGCUGGGCUCUACUCUGAUAUGGAUGAUGAUCUAGAUAAAAAUAUUACAUCCAGACAAGGUAAACUGAACAAAUUGGAUUCUGGGAGAAAAGACUUUCAGAGGAGAAUAAAUUUUGAUAGUGAUGAUGAUUCUGUGUCUGGUUCAAACCAAAUAGUUUCAAAGGUGCACAAUUUAAAUCCAGUGGAAUGAAGAGUGGCAGGAAGAACUCUUUCAGCGAUGAUGACUUUGAUAGACCAACCUGAGGGUCUCGUGAUAACAGAGGAUUUCGAGGGA